GAAGAACUACCUUUUUCCUGAUAAUUUUAUUGACAAUUACGUCAUACUCGUGAUCAUAGACUUAGCCCAGAUUGCUAUAGUUAAUUAUAAAAACAUGCAUUAAUCGAAUUUUCCUCAACUUUUCGUACUUUUUCAGGGUGUUGAAUUAGACAUUAUGCGGAUGUCAAAUAUUCCUAAACACGGUGAAACCGCUCCAUCGCGGGACUUUCCUUUUGGCCAAAUUUGACAAACAAUUUCUUUAUUGGAUAAUAACAAUAGAAAAACCGUGCAGAGGGGGGCGGGGGGUCGACGAUAAAAAUUUUUUCAGUGCUGUCAUCUUUUUUUUUCUGAUUUCGAUGGGGUGCCAAAAAAAGCUACGAAUUGUGUUAGGAAUUCUGAAAGACAAGGCGUCAUUGAUUAAAACAACCUUGUCGACGAAGCGCCACAAAUCUUCCGUUCGCGGCGUGAUUCUACGCGCCACCACCCACGGCCCCUACGCCUUACCGUCGGAUAACCGUAUCGCCGCUGUUAUUGCCCUUGGCCAUGGAUCACGCGCCACUGCAUGCGCUUGUAUCCAAGCUCUCAUGGACCGACUGCAUCGCACGAGUAAUGCGUAUGUUGCCCUGAAAUGCCUCUACACAAUCCAUAAUAUCAUAGGGAGAGGGUCGUUUAUCUUGAAAGACCAGCUCUCUGUUUAUCCUUGCUCUGGGGGUCGAAAUUUUCUUAAUUUAUCGAUGUUUCGAGAUGAUUCCGACCCGGAAAUGUGGGAAAUGUCAUCAUGGGUUCGAUGGUACGCUGGAGUCUUGGAACUAAAUUUGAUGAUUUCCGGAGUCAUAGGUUAUCACCUUUAUUCUUCAAGCGCGAAGAAUGACCGUAAUAAAAAAGACAAGCUUAUGGCUUUGUGGAACUCCGAUUUACUAAACGAAUUAGAUGUUCUUGUCGAUUUCGCGGAACACGUAGGUAACGCACCCCAUUCGCUUUACCUGCAACGGAAGAGUUUGGUGUACGAGGUUGUAAGAUCGGUCAGUGAAAACUAUAGAUUAGUCCAGCAUGAAAUCUCUCUCCGAGUUGCGGAACUCGGACUGAGAAUGAUGAGUUUGAGCUUUGGCGAGUGCACUCGGUUCCUAAACUCGUUCAACAGGUUCGAGGAUUGCAAGGAUAGGAUAUCUGUGCUGUUGGUGAAUAGAAACAGGAACGAUGACUUGAGGGAUUUGGUACAAGAGACCAAGGCAAAACUCGUGGUAAUCAUGGAGGAGAAGAAAGAGUGGAAAAUGUUAUCGAUUACGAUGGGUGACGGAGACGGGUCGAGCAACUUGACCCUGCUGGCACCUCGUGGGAGGUGGGUGGUGGGGUUUUGACCGGGUCCCUUCCCCUGUUUUUCGCCGUUAAUUACUUUUCCUUGCUGUAUAUGUUUUUCUUUUUUCUUUUAAAAUGGCGUACAUAAUCAUUUCAGGUGUAAUGGAUUCGAAUCGAUCAAUCAUUUUUUUUUAACGAUUUUGCAAAUCUGGGUGCCUUCAAGUCCAGUGGGCUUCCUAAGGCAGAUUGUUAACGAACACUGAAAAAGCUCUCCCUUUUCCUAUCGCCAUUUUUACACCAGCUAAUCCUUUCUACAGGGUUCCUGAUAUAUGUAUAGUAUUGAGAUUGAUUGAAAGCACCUCUAAGUCUCUGUUUUUUUUGUUGAGAUUCAUAAUAAGCAUUAUCAGUUGGAAUCGAUUAUGAUGGAUAAAAUAGGAAAAUGAAGUUUCAA